ACACCCAGUGAUGGCGGGUGAUGGUGAUGUCAGGCGGUCACAGAGCAAUGGGGGUGACGGUGACACCCAGUGAUGGCGGCUGACGGUGAUGACAGGCGGUCACAGAACAAUGGGGGUGACGGUGACACACAGCCAUGGCGGGUGAUGGUGAUGAGAGUCCGGUCACAGAACAAUGAGGGGGUGACAGAAGAAUGGAGAUGGGAGAAUGACGGGGAGAGGUCAGAUGGACAUGUGAUCCCUGAAGCCCCGUGCACGUCCCACGUGAGCAGUACGCGGCGGCCGAGGCCCGUGACUGGCCCCGGCAGCAGACGCUCUCGGAAGGACCCCGGGCAAACGUCUAAUGUGACGUCACUUCAUUCCGAGGAGGGCCCUCCCCCCCACGACGUCUGCACACGGCCCGCGUGGGAGCAAGUGGUCCUGACUGAGUCGGAUCUUGCGCGUCCCGCACUUUCCAAUCCUGCCAUCGAGCCCCCAGCCGUUUCUUGAGAAAGGCAUAGGUGACUAACUCAGUGCCUAAACGAAAAAUCCGCUCAGGUUCGCGGGGACGCCAUUGGAAGGUGAAGCACAAAGAGACUGGAGUGACGUAGGGAGACUGCCACAGGGAGCUUACCGUAUGGCCUCCACUCUGGCUCUGUAUUGGUCACCUCAAGGCCCUGUGUGAAGAAAAUGCGUAUAGCGUGCCGGACGGCUCGGAUUGAGGGUCAUAUUGCGCCGGCGCAGCGGGACGGACGGGUCGGACUGAGGGACAUACCACGCCGCUGCGCUCCGUACCGAGCAAGGAGGGAGGGAAAGUCCGGACCAGAGACAAAGGGUGGGGAGCCGAGUCGGGAACAUCCGGGUCAUUCGCCGCCGCCUCAAUCCGGGACACGCGCGGGUGCUGCGGCCGCUCACGAGGGAUUUUGAACAUGUCUGGGAUAGCCCUCAGCAGACUUGCACAGGAGAGGAAAGCUUGGAGAAAAGACCAUCCAUUUGGAUUUGUAGCAGUACCUACAAAAAAUCCAGAUGGCACGAUGAAUCUCAUGAAUUGGGAGUGUGCUAUUCCAGGAAAGAAAGGGACACCAUGGGAAGGAGGCUUAUUUAAACUACGGAUGCUUUUCAAGGAUGACUAUCCCUCCUCACCCCCAAAAUGUAAAUUUGAACCACCAUUAUUCCACCCAAAUGUGUAUCCUUCAGGCACAGUGUGCCUCUCCAUCUUAGAGGAGGAUAAGGAUUGGAGGCCAGCAAUCACAAUUAAACAGAUUCUGUUAGGGAUACAGAAACUUCUAACUGAACCAAAUUAUCAAGAAGCUCAAGCAGAGGCUUACACAAUUUCGGUUAGUUUGGGGUUUUGCCAAAACAGAGUGGAAUAUGAAAAGAGGGUUCGAGCACAAGCCAAGAAGUUUGCGCCAUCAUAAGCACCUGUCAUACAGCAUCUUAAAAAGGAAGGGAUUGGUUUGGCAAGAACUUGUUUACAAAAUUUUUGCAAAAUCUAAUGUUGCUAUGUACAAUUAAUAUUCACUUAGGGGAGGGGGUCGUAUGUGUGCCAUUUUCCAUAUUCGCCACUUGUAUACAGUUCUGAAUUCGCUGAAUUACCCCCAGUUUUUUCAUACAGGGUCUCUUCCUUCAGUCUUUUGUAUUUUUGAUUGUUAUGUAAAACUUGCUUUUAUUUUAAUAUUGAUGUCAGUAUUUCAACUGCUGUAAAAUUAUAAACUUUUAUACUUCUAUAAAUUCACUAGUAUCUCUAGUUACUUUGCUAUCUGAUGCAGGCAUGCUUUAAAAUGUUUAGAACUAUAUUUAGACUCUAGCUGGCUGUAUGAAAAAAUCAUACCCUCCACCCCCUUCCCUCCCCUUAAUUUGUUUUUCUAUCUUUCAGAAACUAGGUUGUUAUUGCUUAAGAGCCUCAGAGAUCCAAAGUCAGCCAGCAUCUUGAUUCUGCAUCACUUCCUUUUGUGUUUAUAUGGCGUUUUGUCUGUGUUGCUGUUUAGAGUAAAUAAACUGUUUAUAUAAAG